AUGUUCUGGCGGACUCAUUCUGGCGGGCUUCGCCUGAGCUCCUGGCUGCGUAGUGAACGACCACUCCGAUCUGUGCCUUUGCGAUGGAUUUCUCUCCUCCUUGUCACGCUAGGAGGCGCCCUUAUCUUCUAUCUCCUCCUCCUCCCACAACUUGUCAGAUUGCGCAUUCGUAUCGGCCUGAGCUGGUAUGACCUGGGGGUCGAGGGGUUCGGCCCUGACCAGACAUACCUUUCCUUCGAUGAGGAGUCUCCGAAGAUUGAAGUUUCUCCGCCUGGCGCGCAAUGCGAUCCUCGGUACACAUUCCUGGCGCCCCGAGGCGAUUCAAUCGCCCACCCCGGUCCGAUGAUUCUAGAUUCCGCCGGUGACCUUGUAUGGACCCAAUGGAACUCCGGCACAACUCAGGACUUCAAAGUUCAGCUCUACAAGGGCGAGCAAUACCUCACAUACUGGCAAGGAGACACCGACGAUAAUUAUGGCCGGGGAUCGUGGUACAUGCUUGAUUCGACGUACACCCAGAAGCGUGUGGUGACACCCGUCGGCGUGUACGAUGGCGAUCUGCACGAUUUCCAAAUCACUUCCAAUGACACUGCCCUUCUGAUGAUCUACGACCCCAUCCCGGUAGACCUAAGCCCUUUCGGCGGCCCCAAGCUGGGAUGGAUGUAUGACGGAGUGUUCCAAGAGGUCAACCUGGAAACGGGUGAACUAAUCUUCCAGUGGCGCGCGUCUGAUUUCUAUGGCCCUGCUGAUAGUUAUCAUCCAAUCGGUGAUGCUGGUUAUGGAAGAACUUCGGCAUAUGAUUAUUUGCACAUCAACAGCGUUGACAAGGAUGAUCAAGGCCGCUAUCUGGUUUCCAUGCGCCACAUCCAUACAAUUGCAGGCAUAGACGGCACUACCGGUGAAACGCUCUGGUCUCUGGGUGGAAAACGCAACGACUUCGCCGAUGCGUCUGAGGGAGCUGCCACCGAUUUCUCAUGGCAGCACGAUGCUCGGUGGCGAGGGACUAACCGCAUCAGUCUCUUCAACAACGCGGCCUCAAAUAACGACGACCCUUCUGCGGUCAGCCGAGGCAUGAUGGUUGACUUGGACUUUGAAGACAAACGAGCGACGCUACUGCAGGCAUACGAGCAUCCCCAAGGCAUGAUGGCAGUAUCACAGGGGAACCUGCAGCUACUCGAUACUGGGAACGUGCUCGUGGGCUGGGGCCAUUCUGCGGCUUUCACUGAGUUCUCACCCUCGGGGGAAGUGGUAUGCAACGUGCAUUUCGGUGCCUCUGCCUGGUUUACGUUUGGCCGCGUCGUGUCAUAUCGCGUGUUCAAGUUUGACUGGGUUGGCAAGCCACUCACGGCCCCCGAGGCUGCCACAACGGUAGACAGUGUCUUUGUGAGCUGGAACGGUGCCACAGAGGUAACAUCGUGGCAAGUGGAAGUAUGGGAUCACACAAGCUUGACCAACAUGACCUUCACUCCUGCCGACCGGGUCACGCGCGACGGCUUCGAAACCGAAAUUCCCUUCUCUCCCGAGGUAGACUCGUUUUUCCGCAUACGCGCCAUUGGCACCACUGGAGAAAGCCUGGGUGUGACGGAGGUACUCCAGCGAGUGCCAGAAUCUUCCGAGAAAGGCUCUUCCUUGUGGAAUCCUUGGACUGUUGGGUCUAUUUUACUCGUUGCUCUUGGUUGCCUUGGCUAUGGUUUAUACUUCACAGUCCGUCAUCCAACUUUUGGAAGCUCUGAACAUAGUGGCCCGUAUCGACUUGUCUCGCACAAGGAUGAAGAUGGAGGUGACGAACAUCAGCGUCUACCGCUUUAG